GAUUUCUCCAUUUUCCUAAAUGUACAAUCAUUGGGAUAGAUCAAAAAGUUCAUCUUUACUUCUGCAGUCCAGAAAUGAAUUUGAAUUGCCGUGGUGUCAUGAUUACCCCAUUAAUUACAAGCUUCCAAGGUGUGCUGGUAUAGAUAUCAGGUAACUUGCUUUUGGCUUAGAUUUCUGAUCUUGCAGUUUGUUCAUCUAAUGGUCUUUUCUGAAUGCUGCCCUCUAUGAAUGUGUUGGGUUCCUUGUGCUGUAGGAAACAUUUUGCUGUUGCUACAGAGGCAGUUUGGUUGGAUACCGUGUAGCCUGGUAAAUAUGAUUUGUUAGUAGUGAAAGGCUUUGUAUUGGUCUCACAACCCCCAGGGUCUUAGGGCUUGGCUGGUUGGCCUCAAGCCAGUCUUCAAAAUUCAUCUGGGAACCAAGGAAGGAGAGGCAGACCGUGUCAGGGAAACAUAAAUGUAACCUGAAGGAACCCCCAGCACCAGUGUUAAACUCCUCCCAGCCAAGAACUCGGAUGCUGACAGUGUGCUGCAGCAUGCCCUUCCUCUUUUUGCCAGAGGAAGACUGGUGCUAUUGCCUUCAGGAUGUAGGGAGACACUGCAGGGGCGAGCAUAACAUCAGAGAAAAAGGGUAGGUACUAGGAAGUUAGUAUAUGCAAAUCUUAACAGUUGUAAACCAUAAGAAUAACUAGACUGAUAAGUUGUAUUUUGGUGAGACUGUUAAGACUUCGAUUAGAGUAACAAUAAUGUUCUUAGCUCCACAUUAGGUGUGUUCUCUGUUGCCUGUUGUAACAUUUCGAGUGCAACGACUUUUUGCUGAGGACAGUCAUCAGUGAGCUGCGCAGUACAUGUAGCAAGUGCAGUAUCUUCUAGACCAGAGAAGUGGACCGACUUCUCAGGGAGACUUCUGCAGAGAUGCUAGGAUAUUAUGAAUAAAAUGAGCAAGAAGCUUUUUCUGCACUUUGUGGAUGGUCUUGAAAUUUAGACCUCACCAUAGUAAGUUUGAAUUCUGUUAGAACUGCUUGAUUAGCUUAAGCCAGAGGACCCAGAUCAAGGAUGAGGGAUAUGGAACUCAAGUAAACAUAAGUGAGAGAAAAGUGACUAGGAAGGCAAUUUCUUCAAACUUCUGGCUUUUCAAUGAAGAAUCAGAUAAGAGGAGAGUUUUUUUCACUGCUAGUAAGCUAUAGUUUUCAUGGCAGAUAAGUACUUACUGAAUCUUAUGUUCAAACUUCAGCUUGCCUUAUUUUUGCUAUGAAAUUUAAAGGUGUAUGCAACAAAAAGUAGAAAUGAGAGUUAAGGGCAAGGCUGAUUUAAAAAAAAAAACCUUAUUGAGAAUUUUCCACUUGUUUCCCUGUAUUUUUAAACCAAUAGCAUACACAGUACUUCUUACAGAACAACCAUAAAUACUUACUUUUCUUACUGAAUUCUCUGGUUGUAUAAUCAGGCCCUCCAGUCCUUCCUCCCUGGAACAAAAAAGUACCAAAAUAUUCAGCUGGUCUUUCACAAACAGCAGUUAAAGUGGAAACAGCCUCCUGGCCUUUGAUUUUUUUUAUUUUUUAUUUUUUUUUACUUCUUCCCUCCACUAGGGUAACAAGGCACAUGCAAGCUGAAAGGAUAAAAUCACUUGAAGCGGCAUUACCAUGUAGACCCAGACAGUAGCUCAACAGGAUUUCAAACUAGACUGUUCCUCUGAUGAUGUAUUGUCAGCAAAAAGAGACUGAGAUAAUGCACCUGAAAUGAGCAGGUCCUGUAGACUGUCACUCAAGCUCAUGUUUUUCCUUUGAAACAUUAAGCAUGAUACAGAACAGCAUCAAAAAAAAAAUAGAUGAAGACACAUUUGACUACUCAAAGCACUUUGUCAUACUUUCUCAACUUUAAAGAGCAUUUUAUCUUUUUUCCUGUUUUCUACUGCACUAGGUAAGAGAGUACCUUCCUUUUCACUUCUUAAGCUAUGAAAUCUAGUAAUCUAGUAGCUUUUAAGAUGACGAAUAUCAUUAUUUCACCUUCAUUGGCUGUUUGCCACUGUAAUUCUUUCUACCUCUUGAGGACAAUUAGUCUUCUUAAAUCUAUAAGAAGGCCAAAGGCUAAAAGUAGCCUUUUUCUUCAGCAGGGCACACGCAUAUCUAUGAAAAAUGAGAGCUGGAUGCUUGCUUUUUUUUUUUGUUUGUUUGUUUUUCAGUGAAGUCAGUAGUGAGCUUUACCUUUCAGUUCAGUGGGUUCCAUACCAUGCCGUAGAUUCAGGACAGAUGCAAAAUAGGAGAAGAGAGCUGGAGAAGACCAUUCCGAAAGGAGCUCGAAAUCCAAAUAUGCAGAGGUGAUGAGGCGAACUGGCAGUAGAGAGAACAAGAGUCGUUGUGAGCAGCUCAAAAGCAAGAGUAAAGAUGCAGAGAAUCUUCUAGAAUCGUACCCCCAUCAGUGUGUUGAGAUGGAAAGGUGUGAAAGCAAAGAGCUUGAUGUUGAAAUAAGGAGUCUGAUAGAGAAGAAUAACGCUUCCCAGUUGUGGGAGAACCCUGAACCUCUUGCCCAAGAGUGUCCGAACAGUCAGAGAACUUCGUGUUCCCUUAAGACCUGUACUGAAACAAAUGCUCAAAGCCAUUUUGGAUGUGCAUGGGCAGAUGUGAAUGAUGAAAUGGAAGCUUCACCCGACCAGUUAGAAUCAAAGCACUUACUACUGACCAAAAAGAAGACUAUAUCAGCUGAUUCUGUGGAGCAACAGAUCCUCUCACUCGAAAGACAGAGACGAGAGCUUCUGGAGGUGAACAAGCAGUGGGAUCAUCAGUUUAGAAGGAUGAAACAGCAUUAUGAAAAGAAGCUGGCAGAAAUGAAAGCAAAACUGGACAUGUCACAGAGGAGAGUCAGUGAGCUGGAGGAAGAGAGAUACCGAAAUCAUCCAGAAAAUGAGAGGUUGCGAGUCCUGGGCAGAGAUGGGCCGUUGCAGGAAACGAAAGACAUAAAGGUCCUCACUGAUGCCCUCCAUGAAAUUAAGGAAGAGAACAAACUCCUGAAGGAAAAAAAUGCUUCAAUGAUAAGAAGGAAAGAACACUAUGAGUGUGAAAUAAGUCGUCUCAAUAAGGCCCUUCUGGGUAUAUUGAAAAAGCAACACUCCUCUGUUCUUGAGAAUCCUUCAGAGAAGUCUGGCAGGAGCAGCCUUGAGGACAUGCAAACCCAACUUGAAGUUCUCAGGCAGCAGGUACAAAUAUAUGAAGAAGACUUCAGGAAGGAGAGAUCUGACAGAGAAAGACUUAAUGAGGAGAAAGAAGCACUGCAGAAAAUUAACGAGAGUUUACAGUCUCAACUGAGUAAACGACAUUCUCAGAUCGAGACCUGUGUCAAAGAAAAGGAACAACUAGAAAGGCAGUUACAGCAGCAGAAAAAAGACCUCCCAGGAAGGAAUGAGCAGCCCAGCUUCCCACCUCCACUGUUUCUCUCACCAUGCGUUAAUUAUGGGAACUGUGGGUUGCUUCUUCACUAUCAAGAUCCUCGAGUACAUCCAAUGUCUCGCGGGGCACAUGAACAGCAACAGCGCUCACCAGACUAUCAGUGGUAUGUUCCUGAUCAGUUUCCGCCAGAUGUGCAGCACAAGGCAAAUGAUACAUCCUCAGAGAAAGGAGCCCAUCCCUGAAAGCCUAUGACCUGGAGAAGCAUAGACCAAAGGCUACAAACUUGUCUUGCAACUUCAUUAUUCUGUUUUGUUCUGUUUUUUGCCCCUAGCUUCUUUUCUGCUGGCUAUGAGAAUCUAUUAAAAUGCCUUAUGAUGAAAGAUGCAGCUAUUGCUGAGGAUUCAGAGACUGUCACAUCUGGUUUGAAUUCAAGAGCUUUAAGCCCAAUAGUGUUGUGAUAUUUUUUGUUUGAGAAUUAUAGCCCUUUUUAUUUGAUUUCUGGGAAUGAUUUGCUGAUGUACCAUCUCAAAUUCUGUACGUUUUUUCUUGGUUGUUUGGUAAAAAGGAAAUCUGCUUUACUGUUUUAACACACUUGUAUAAUUGUAAUCGGGGUACUACAGAUGCCAUGCCAGAUAGAAGGUACCUACUCCCAUUUUGAGUCAAGGCCAGCUCUGCUUUUAAUUUGGCUCUAAAAUUAUAUGAAAAACAUAAUCAAAUAUUUUCUAUGUACUUAUUUGCAUCAAAGGAAUGUUAAUAGAAAUACUUCCUGGUUUAACUUCUCAGUGAAAAUGGCUUUAUAUUUCCAGAUGAUUCUAGUAAAGAAUUUCAUUGUAGUGAAUCUGAACAUAGUUGUGCGACCUGUAAUCUGAAAAUAAAACCUGAGUUUCUAAAUGAACCUGUAUUUAGACUAUGAAACUUUUCAGAAAGUCAUGGUGAGGGAUGCUCAGUAAACGUUGCCUGCUAAUCUGCUUGCAGGAUUGGCUUUUCCCUUCAGGCUUUUAACAGGAUGGUUAUUGGAAGGUAGGUACCAGAAGCAACUGGGAUCUCACUUCAAAGAAGGAACCAAGAUUUUUGCACCAAAAGAGACUGUACUUUCCUGAUAACUCAGAAGUAGUUAAUGAGAGUCUAAAGUUUCAUAAAAGCACCUGAGCUGUACAAAGACAGAGCGAUCAGAGAUUGUCUGCGCGUGUGAUUUCUCUGUUUGUAACAGGUAUUUCCAUUUGCAUGAACAUACAAAGGCCUCUGCAUUUAAGUAAUAACCUCAAAGGAUUAAACGUUUUCGACAUUUGAUUUUGGACACAAUGGGGAACAGUCCAU